AUGACUUUCUCAGAGCAGGGGGUGACUCGGAGGGAGAUAAAAUGCAAGACCUUCAAGAAAAGUUCUCCACCCGAGAGCAGCGAGAUUCUAAUGGCGUCCUUGGUGCAGUGCAGGCCGCCUUUGUGUAAGCUCAAGAGCAUUUGCAGUGACCGAAUGCCACGGCCCGACGAGGUGAAAUCCAAGUGCGCGCACGGCUGGGUGUGGGUCAUCGUGUCGCUACUGACACUGUGUUUGGUACUGCAAUUUGUCGAUUUGCCUACGAGGGGUCAUCUCCUGUCUGCAGCGAGAAUAGAGACGAGACGAAUCUCUUACUUUCUGGGAAAAUCGUGGAGGGAAACGACUGGCAUUUCGCAUCCCAAUUAUAUCUAUCCUGGUCUGGUUCCUCCUUACGUGUCCAAUUCUACCUGUGAACAUUCUACUCCCGCGGACACGCGUUCCGAGAAGUCACGUUUUGCUUCACAAUCCACCACCAUCGGCGCGGAUUUCGACAUUUGCCUCGCUCUAUCGAUCGGAGAUGAUGGAGGCCAACCGCGCGACAAGUCUCUGCCGUACCAAUUGGUGUACAGCCGCCUGUUUGCGGCUAUGAAGGAAGAAAUUUACGCAACGCGAACCCACAAGGGGAAGAGCAAGGCGAAGGAAGUGCAGGUUCUGGUAGGAGUCGACUACGGAAGCAUUGUGUGCAAAAUGGUGAGGGAUUUUGUGAACGAACUGGAAAUCGGUUUGCCGGGCGUGAAGGCGCAGUGCAGAAGCUUCGACCAGCUUACGGACGGUACGAAGUGUGGGAAAUUAAUCUCCGGGUCUACGCAUCGCUUCGUUCCUCAAAUCUCACCUCAUUUCAAUCGGAUGGCGAGUUGGAAGAGCCAGCGCUUGGUGGACCUGGACUGUUCGAGGCCCGAGGAGGAUGCGCCGCCCAUUCCCGAAAGCAAGUGGCAACCCACCAUAGUGACGGGAUUCAGCAGCAACCACAUGGCAGUGGGGCUUCUCAUGCUUCGAUCUCUCGGCAAAGCUGCGAAGGAGGGCGCCGUCGAGCUGGGGACCGGAGUAUCGGUGGUCGUCUGGGCGAUGGAGGUUUUCAAGCCCGAGCAUCAGAAGAUUCUGGAUUGCGUCAUCGACGAGCUCAACACCGAGUACAACGUGAAGGCCGAGGUCAGGCUGUUCGAUUUCUCGGCGCACCCGCAGUGGAUGCGUCUCAAUCAGAGUCUGGGCUAUUUCGGAGGCACGGGCGAGUACGCAUGGAAAGGCAUCAUGGUGCACACCGUGCUCCGGGAGCGAGGAAUCGCCCUGUGGGCCGACGCGGGAGAUCGAUUCGAAGACACGGUUUCCCUCGUGGAAACUCUCAACACGCUGAAAUCCACGGGCUUCGUUUCACGAAAGUCUCAUGGCACGAUCUGGACUCGCACUCAUCCGCUGCACUUGAAAUUCUUCCGGGCGAACCUGCCCGGCAUCUGGGAUCUGGAGAACUGCGAGGCAGCAAUUGUGGGAUUCACAUUGAAAAAGUACAAGGAGAUCGCCCGGCCGUGGUACGAGUGCGCUCUCAUUAGGCAGUGCAUUGCACCGGACGGAUCAGACAGGAGUAACCAUCGCCAAGACCAAGCCGCUCUCUCUGUCCUCUCGAUUCUCUCGAGAAGUCCCUGCGAGGGCGCGCACCAACAUUUCGGCCACCACAUGGACGACAAUCCGGUAGAUUCUGAUCCGGUGGUCACGCUCGGUGUAUACACCACCCAUUGCUAUGUCGAUCCUCUUCGUUUGAGUCUUGAGCAAGGGACUCAUUUGGACCACGGACGGGAGGGACCUUACAUUUGGCAUUGA